CGGAGCAAGUGUUGCCGGAUGGUUUCUUGACAAGAACUAUGAAUAGAGGGAAAGUGAUUGGAUGGGCACCUCAAGUAGCGGUGCUAUCUCAUAGGUCGAUUGGAGGAUUCAUAACGCACUGUGGUUGGAAUUCGAUACUGGAAAGCUUGUGGUUUGGAGUUCCGAUAGCAACAUGGCCUAUGUAUGCAGAGCAGCAAGUAAAUGCUUUCGAGAUGGUGGUUGAUUUAGAGAUAGCCGUAGAUAUAAAGAUGGAGUAUCGGAGUGAGAGUCCGGUUUUGGUCACAGCAGAGGAGAUAGAGAAUGCCAUAAGGAGACUGAUGUUGGAUAGUACAGAGGAGAAGAAUGGUAUCAGAAAGAAAAUGGAAGAACUGAAAGACAAAAGCAGGAAGGCCUUGUUAGAAGGUGGAUCAUCUUACUGUUUUCUGGAGAGUUUGAUCAAUGAGUUUAAGGACCAUUCGUCCAAUUGAAG